AUGUCCGGCGUAGGAUUUGACGAAAAAUAUUCUGAUACACUUGAAGGAACUCGUUCUGUGGUCGGAGGCUUGAUCUUAAAACAAGGGAACAACAAGAAAACGAACCAAUCACCCAAAGAAAGCGUCCUUGGUCUGCAAAAGCUGGCUGAAGAGAAAAGGAAGCGAAAGAUUGAAGAAGACUGUGACAAAACGAAACGAUUGAAGGAUGGAUCAUCAAAUUGUAGAGCAGAUGAAUGGGAAGAUGGAAGUGAUGAUUUGGAAGGUCGUGGGAGAGUUAGUGCGGGAAGUGGAGAGUUAAAGUCGAAAUCUCGCCACUACAGAUCUAGUUUAGUGGAAACACCUUCACAUACAGGUGGUGUUAAUGAAGAAAUAAGGGAAAAACAAUUGAGAAGAUUAGAAAGGGAUAGAGAAACGAGGAGAGCUGGGGUGUAUGCUGAGUCAAGGGUCAAAGACAAAAAGGACGCUGAUCGAGAUGGCUAUAGACACCGAAAUGACACUUAUGGUGAUCGGGAAAGACGAAAAUAUGAAAAAGGAGAGCGUAGUAGCCGUAGAUCUCAAAACUAUAAUGGAGAUAAAAGGGAUGAAUUUAGGGAGCCAAGAUCUCGCCGAAGUGAAUGGGAAGAAACGCCAUACAGGAGUAGUAAGUCUACAAGAGAUGAAGGUUACACUCCAAGACACAAGUCUAAGGGUAUGAUUUUCAUGCUGUGUCUAGCCUCACCUGCCGAAUAUGCUGUCACUUCCAAGCUUUAUCCCUUAAAAGGCUGUUUCAUGUAAUAUCUGUACCUCCUGGCUGGGGACGAAUGGAAUUCUUCAUGGGUAUAACUUGUUGUAGAAAUUGAGGAUUUCUUCGGGGGUAGAGUAAAAGAACCUGGAAGUCUUUGAGUGAAGCUUCAAUUUCCAUAAAAUUCUUCAAGGUUCGACCCACAUCCUUGAGGCGGUAGACCCAUAUUAAUUUUGAUGGAAGUCUUUAGGGGUGAAUAGAAUUUUAUUCAAUCUUCAGGGGUAAGAAGAAAAGAUAAGUCCUCAUCCAGGGGUAUGGAUAUUAAAUGCAAUAUAUUUAGCCGAAAAAGCUUUGUAUGUGGAUAUGCAUUCAUUCUAUAAACCUAAUAUGUGCUUUAUAUGCUGUUCUAAGUGUAUAUCAAAGUGGAUUUGCAGUGACUAAUAAUUGAUUUAAAGGUUUUUUAUCAACCCGAUAGGUGGGUAUGUGGAUAUGUUAUGAAAGUGGACUUACAAUAAAUGCAAUGAUCAUGUAUCCAUAUAUGGACCUAUUUUUAGGAAACGCUAAAGUGACAAGGCAGUUAUUAACCUGAAUGAUACUUCUGUUAGAUAUUAGGACACCUUCACGGAGUAGUUGGGAUGAUGAGGAGUCAACACCCAGCAGGUCAAAAUGGGAAAUGCCAUCACCCGCCAGAUCUGUUAGUGAAGAUGUAAGGAGUGAAAGAAGGUGAAUCAAUGUAAAGUCAAAACUACAUUGAGUGACCAUUAUAGUAAGAUGAGCUAAUUUAUCACCAUUAUAAGGCUUAUAGCCCUUCACUUGGACAACUACAGCUUUGGCAAAUCUAGCAAUUUGUAUUUGUAUUUAUUACCAAAGUCAACAAACAAAAUUGUCAUUAAAUAUAUUGUGCUUGAUAACUGUUGUUCUCCAUUUGUAGAUCACAUCGUAGAGUUGAUGAUACACCUCGUUUUACUCCCACACAUAAAUACAAUAUUUGGGAAGAUGAUCGCCGCAGUACUGGAGCAACACCAAGAUUCUCCAAAGGAAAAAGUAAGAACUUGAUUGUUAUCUUACACCAUUUUACAUACAGAAAGUUCUCAAAAAUGAUGAAAUUAUAUAUUUUGUGUUCAAUGCCACAACUUUCUAUGGGAAUAAAGUGCAAAAUAAUUUUUUGAUUAAGUACAGACUGUCACCUACAGUGUAUAAGAGAUAGACUUCCUGAGAGGUAGUUACAUUGUAGCUCAAAGGCAGUCUCCUGUGGGGAAGGUAAGAGUAGUUUAUGAUGGGUUGUAUUGUGGUUCUUUAGGGCUAGGUUGGCAGCGAUUGGUCAAUUGUAUUAAGAAAUUAUGAUCACAUUCCACACAGCUAAAAAUGUACAUGCCAUCAAUGUGUUUUUAGGAUCCGAUGUUAGGCGUGAAUCACAAUUUCCAUCAGAUGUUGACAGGGAAGAGUGGGAAGAAGAACAAAAGGUAAUUGUUACUUGUUCAAAAUCAAGUUUUAAACACGGCAUUUUAAAAGCUUGGUAUUUUAGCCAUAGUUCAGUCGUACCAUUGAAAGGUGGAUGUACAAAAUUAUGUUGAACAUUAUGUAGUCGAUGUAAUAUUAAUAAUAUUAUUUAUUAUUAAUUUAUAUUAGUGCUAUUCAGCUAAUCUUCCAUAAUUGAGCCUAUUGUCAAGAAUCUUAGAUUCCUAUAAGAUAAUUAUACAUGUAGUAUUAUUAUAUAAUGGAGUCUCUUUAAAUUUGUUGAUUAUUACUAUAAUUGUCUUUACAUUUUAACAGAGACUUGACCGUGCCUGGUAUGACAUGGAUUCUGGUUACGAUGAAACACAUAACCCAUUUGCUGAUGUUAGUGAGGAGUACACUAAAAAGAAGGAAGAAAACAUGGCAAAGAAAGCAGUCAAAAGAAUGUCUGCUCAGCAGCGUCAGAUCAAUAAGGUAUACACAAAAAGUAACUAGUAUCAAAUAAUUUCAAUUGAACACUUGUUUUCAUGGUCAUUCAUUUAUUAUUAUUAGUAUUAUUAUUAUUAUUAUUAUUAUUGAUUCUUUUUUACAACAACACAGAAGGUUCACGUGGUCAAUGUACUUCGUUAUCCAGUUGUGAGGUCCCUGAUGUCUACAUGUAUAUUCAACUUGAUAUUUUGACCAUUAUGGGUUGAAGUUAAUCGAACUUGGAUUGUUUUUUUCUUCAGGAUAAUGACUUGUGGGAGACUAACAGAAUGUUAACAAGUGGUGUAGUACAAAAAUUAGAGGUUGAUGAUGAUUUUGAAGAUGACCAAGAAGCCAAAGUCCAUUUGUUGGUCCACAACAUUGUUCCACCCUUCCUGGAUGGACGAAUUGUCUUCACAAAACAACCAGAACCUGUUAUUCCAGUCAAGGUAUUUAAAUAACCCAGUUUCUUCAUUUUACAAGUGUGGUGGGUCAGGGUGGGAUGUCAACUUGGGGCCUUCAGAUUUCAAGUCCAAUGCUCCAAUUGAUGGGCCAUGCAUGCUGCCACCUAGGAAUUAUCUCCAGGAGUAGGGUGAUGAAUUUUCAGUUUCUAAACAAACAAAACUAACCAGGUCUUAGUGUCAAAUGAAGGCAUUGAUAUUCUCCGGUUAAUAAUACCUUUUAACCAUUGGGUGUUAAAUUAUUUUAAUAGCAACCUAAGUAGCAAAAAAAAUAACAAAAACAAAAAUUGUAAUUUGUAAUAUAUUUGUUUACCCACGGAGCACUAAGGAGUUCAUAAGAACUUGCUGAAACGUGUCCUUGCGCUCCAGAUCGAGUUGGAAUUUGAGAGUGUUGGUUUUUAAGCAGCGGGGAAAACUGGAGUACCUGGAGAAAAACCUCUCAGAGCAAGGGAGAGAACCAACAACACACUCAACCCACAUAUGGCAUUGACGCCAGGAUUCCAACCCGGGCCACAUUGGUGGGUGGCGAGAGCUCUCACCAUGGCGCCACCCUUGCUCCCCAUUAUCAAGUGAUUAAUUUUUAUUGUUUGCAUGUUUGAUUGAAAGUUACAAUGAUACAUUUGUACAUAGUUACAUGUACAGUGUAACUGACCAAAUGUGUACAUGUUUACUUAUUUGUAGGAUUCCACCUCUGACAUGGCCAUGAUUUCUAGAAAAGGCUGCCAUGUUGUACGCCUGCACAGAGAGCAGAAAGAACGACAAAAAGCUCAGCACAAGGAUUGGGAACUUGCUGGAACUAAACUGGGGAACAUUUUGGGAGUGAAAAAAGAGCAAGAGGAGGUGCCUUAACUUUCAUUGCAUCAGGAAGCUAAAGCCAGGAUACAUAUAUAUUUUGACAGUUUUGCCUUGGCCAGCUCACACUUUUUGUGGCUAUGUUACAGAACUCAAAAUUUAGAAUAACCAACUCCAUACCAAUGGUCCUUGCCUACAGAGGCAUUUUUCAAGUGGUUCCAUCAUUCAGUAAAUGUGCUAAACAUUUGUAAUCUAACUUAUAAACUAGAGACUGGCUUUAUGGUGUUCCCCUUAUUUUUAUUAUAAAAUCUUUAAGUAUUAUUCCUUGACUAUGGCCUCUUGCCGGCCAACUCUGAGUAAACUACUGGAAGCAAUUGAAUAAUCUUUUAGUUCCGGUUUACCAAGGUUGAAAUCACUCAGCUAGGCCUUGUGUGGCAAACCUGGUGAAACAAUUUUGCUCAUUAGUAGCCUGUGAAACUCUCCUUGCUCCUCAUCAAUGGAGACAUUUUAUGGGCGAGGAGCGAGGGGAGAGGGCUUUUUAGCAGGCUAAUUCUAUAGUCAUCUUUUACACUCUUGUAAAUUAUGGUAGAUUGUUAUCACGUCUUACACCCAAAUGACCUUUUGGUUUUUGCUUGUUGUUUAAGGAUGAUAAAGGAGGUGAAGAAGAUUAUAAAGACAACCAAAAGUUUGCUAAACACAUGAAGGACAAGAGUGAGGCGAGCAGCGAGUUUGCUGCUAAGAAAACAAUCAGAGAACAAAGACAGUAUUUGCCCAUAUUUGCGAUAAGAGAAGAGGUAUGAUACGCUUUUUACAUGAUUUUUCAGUUUUUCUACCCUUAUCUUGACAUUAUAAAAGGCUUGCUAACUAAUUUAAUGCUUCUUCUUUCAUUUAAUUCAAGCUGCUAAACAUUGUUAGGGAUAAUCAGGUUGUCAUUGUGGUCGGUGAAACAGGAUCCGGGAAAACAACACAACUCACUCAGGUGAGAAAGAAUUCUGUAAGUUCAAAAGCUGUGUGAUGAAUGAAUGAAGCCGUAUGGUUCUUUUAUAAAUACAGGCAACACGAGCUUCAAGGGUGAGUGCCUAUAAGAAGUAUCCUACAAUACAUUGUAUGUCUGCAUAAUUCACUUGCCCUAUAUUUCCAACUUUGCAGUAUAUGCAUGAAGAUGGCUACACGAAUUACGGUAUGAUAGGUUGCACUCAACCACGGCGAGUGGCAGCCAUGUCUGUCGCUAAACGUGUGAGCGAGGAGUUUGGAUGUAGACUUGGUGAAGAAGUUGGUUACGCCAUUCGGUUUGAAGAUGUUACUUCAGAGGUAAGGAAAACAACGUAAACCUUUUCUCCUCCGGUACCUGUUUUGUGUCGUUUGUUAUGGACUUUUGCCCUUUGCGCCGUAAACACCUUAGUUUCUCCUUGUCAGAUAUAAGCAAACUGUCAGUACUGUCUGUAUUCCAUCUUGUUAUGAAAGAGUAUGGCACAACUUUUAAGACUACUGCAGCCCAUGACUGAGCACCAGGCUCAAGGUUCAAUUCGCCACUUUAAAGCGAGAAAGGAACUGGAGCCGAAAUUGUGUCCCGCGAUUGUUUCUGGGAUAGUUAUUGGAAAUGCGCUGGUCAGCUAUUGGCCAAUGUUUUCCCUAUCCUUAGUAACAGUACCAGAAGUCUUUGCUUCGCACAGUUUCCUUCCCGUUUCUAAAGUGGCAAAUUGGCAGUCUUUUUUUAAUAAAUAAGGUUUUUUGUGAGGAGAAAUGUCAACCAGCCCAGUACAAAAACUUUGCCGCUUGCAGUUGCUUUAAAUAAUAUUUUACCACUUAAUGUGUGUGGCACAAAAGGAAGAAGUGAAGAUAAAAAGAAACGUUUUUGCAAUGGUAGAAUAGCCAAAAGCAUUUUUUUCACUCUUGUCAACUUAGCAUUCCUCUUGGUACUAGGCUUGCAGUUAAAAAGUGUUGUACAUGUUAUUUUCAGAAAACUAUAAUCAAGUAUAUGACGGAUGGUAUUUUGCUUCGUGAGUCUCUCCGCGAGUCAGACCUUGAUCAUUACAGUGUUAUAAUAAUGGACGAGGCUCAUGAGAGAUCGCUUAACACUGACGUCCUCUUCGGUCUACUCAGAGAGGUAAAACAUGCUUCAUGUCAUUUAAUAGCGUGCGUAGCAAACGUUUCUUAUUUAGUUAUGCGGGAAGGUUGGAGCGAGUGCAAAAAAAUAGAAGAAGGGGGAGGGGAAGUUUCUUCUUCCCCCUUUUGCUCUCGUCCUAACUUUCUUGAAGAACUCGUGCGGAAACGCUUGCGACGCCGGCUGGUCAUUUGACCGCCAUAGUCUUUAGGAGGGUCAUAUCGCGAGUUUCUUAUUAUCCCACACAGUUAGACCAACACUCAGCUGAGCAUGAUACAUUUGUAGGUCUUAUAAGUUUUUCAAGUUGGAAGUCAUUUCCAUCUUUGUACUCCGACGCUAUUUUAUAUUUUUGAUGAUAAUAAAAAAGUAUUGACAACAGCAAUAACAACAACAUCGACAACAUCUCAUAUUUAAACACUGUAAAAUUAACUUGCCGAAAAAACUUGUUUUUUUUCACAGGUCAUAUCUCGUCGAAGAGAUAUGAAACUCAUUGUGACAUCAGCAACAAUGGAUGCACAAAAAUUCGCCGACUUCUUUGGUAACGUUCCAACUUUCCAGGUAAGGGUGACUACUUUUGUUCUUAAUGGUGUCCACUACUGGAGUGGGUAAAAAAGUUCGUUAGUGUUUUGUGUCUUGAGGCUUCACGUGCAUCUAUGUUUGUUUGUUUGUUUGAUUCAUGUUUUAACCUAUAUUUCUUGGUGGUUAAGACAAAAGGGUUUUCUUGCCAGCCGAGCUUGCAAAAAAUAAAAAAAAUUCUCAAACGAUAGAUUGAUGAGGGUGGCUUUUACCCCAGGCUAUAUUCACACUAUACCGGAUAGCUGCAGUCCUGGACAAAACUACUUGACAAAAUGUUUUCAUUAAUGCGCACUACCUAACGCACCAAAACUAUUUCCAAAUCAACGGCUUUGCGUAAAGAAAACCCCCUUCCCCAGUUCAAAGUUGCUUCCUACAAAUGCUUAGGGAUCCGGCUUUCUUUUGAAGAACCAACAACACUGCUUCCAGGGGGAGGGGGGAAGGGAAGAAUCGGUCGGCUACGAAGUUUAGAAAAAAUAACCCCCCAAGAAUGCAAUUUUCUCAUCAGUUUUGUCCAAGAUUGUAGCUCUUUCACGGGAACGAAAACCAUACCGGCUAGGGUUUCUGUUUACACAUAAGAAUGGUGAUUUCAGCGCGAUUUCUGUAACGGAGCGAAGCUGCACCGCGCUGAUCUCAAAAAUGGAGCAUCACAUAUUGGAUAAAUUCGGUGCGAUAUUUAAGUACAGUGUGAACUUAUAUUUGGACCGUACCGGGAGUGAAUACACAGGAGCAAGAACUGGAAUCCACUGAGGAUUGGCAGAAAAUAUUCAGGAGUGAGGAGCCAACCGCUCCGGCACAAUGUUAAAAGUAUGUGAACGACUUCUUCCAGUUCUGUGCUGAUACCUUUUCGUGUCGGCACGAAAAGAUAUCGAUAUAGUGUGAACUUAUCCUUGGAAUACCAGGUUUGGGACUUGGUUUCGUCUCUUUGUUAUCGUGCGUUUUCAAUAUGCUCUGUGUGCAUUCUUCUGCUCGGUUGUGAAGAAGCGUUGCGCCCUUGCAGUCUUAUGUGGCAAACAAAUGAAUUUUAGCCACUGUGUUAGAAGAAUACUUAUUAAGCAGUACGAUUUACACUUUUCCAGUCCAGAAUUAACCAUAGUUACUAACUAUGAUUUAACAAGAACAUGAUCGUCACUACUGGGUAACUGUUCUUAUUAAUUUUUCAGAUUCCGGGCCGAACAUUUCCUGUGGAUAUAUUUUUCAGUAAGAAUGUAGUGGAAGAUUAUGUUGAUGGUGCUGUUAAGCAGGCCUUACAGAUUCAUCUCACGCCAGCUAAAGGUAUACACCUCUUGUCUAGGAAAUCACUUAUUCAACAUUUCGAUUCUUGCGAUCUGAUAUGAAAUGAGAGCGCGAAAACGCCCGAAAGGUAGAUCUGCUCACGCCAUUGGCACUGUCACCAUGUCAUCGUUGCUUAAUCUGCUUUUCAAUGGACUUAAAGCAAGUAAGGGGAAAUACCAAAGAAGACGUCAUACUCGUGCAUGCUUUGCACGAUGGUAUAGUGAUACUCGUACACCUAAAAUAUCAGUUGUGUAGGAGCCGCUCGUAAGGUGAAGGUCUCUCCUGAUUGGUCGCAGAAAACAAUCACAUGUCAUUCUUUCAAUUGUUUCAGUAUUGUUUGGGGUCAGGGUUAGGCCACUUUCGAGCAGCUGCUCCAUGACCCUAAAAAUAUGACUACAUUAUUUGAUUUAUCGGUUGUUUUUCUGUUUGUACUGCCCCAAACAAUGCUGACUAAUAAUUAUUUUUCGGAAAUAAAGGAAAGAUCAACAUCUCCAAGGAUCAAUGGUGCCAUCGUUUGUUACAUACUGUAUGUGUUUCUUUUUCGAUUUCCAAGGUGAUAUUUUAAUCUUUAUGCCUGGUCAGGAGGAUAUUGAAGUCACUUGUGACCUUAUUACAGGUUAGUACACGAAACAGUAUUAAAACACAUGUCGCUACGUAUAAAAAUACGGGGGGAGGGGGAGUUGUUUUAUUUAUUAAUAAUGUUAUUCUUACCUGUUUAUUCCUUUAGAGCGUCUUAACGAGAUAGACGAGGCACCUCCCUUGGCAGUGUUACCCAUUUAUUCACAGUUGCCAUCUGAUUUACAAGCCAAGAUAUUUCAGAAAGCCCCGGAUGGAGUCAGGAAAUGCAUCGUUGCAACCAACAUCGCGGAAACCUCCCUUACUGGUGCGAAAAAUCCUUUUCUUGAGAUAACCUCAGUGUACAAGAUGUACAAGAAUUGUCGAGUAGUUUACAAUUUAAAGUUCUUUUUUUUUUUGCUAAUAUCUUGUUGUUUUUUUUAGUUGACGGCAUUAUGUUCGUUGUGGACUCUGGAUACUGUAAACUGAAAGUUUUUAAUCCCAAGAUCGGUAUGGAUGCACUACAAGUCUAUCCCAUCAGCCAGGUAGAUAAAAACGAUAUUUUUCAAUUUGUGUCCCACUGUGACCUAAAAAUUACUUUUCUUGAACUGUAUAAAGGCACGGGAUGUUGUAACCUUGCUGUUUUUUUUUGUCGUUGGUGUUUUAAUAAAGCGUAAAUAACUGUCAUUCAGACACGUUUUCGCCAGGAAAAUUUCCUGGGAGGUUGACCAGCGUUGCCCUGGUUUUCGUAAGUGUAGCAAAAAGUCGUAGGACAACAGUGAACGUUUGUUAAGUUACCUUGUGCGAGUAAGCCGUGAUACAUUUUAUCAUUCCAUUCUCUUUCUUGUUGUCAGGCCAACGCAAAUCAGAGAUCUGGUCGUGCUGGAAGAACUGGACCUGGGUACCGACCUUUUUAACGUGUUUUUUAUUAUUAUUAUUAUUAUUUUUUAUUUUUUUUUUUCAUUUCUUAUUUUGUAGAACACUCAACUUACCCACUUAUAGUCUGUGCCAGGCUCCCAGAUAUUAUAGUUGGGACAUAAAUAAAACGAGCAAAGCGAAAAUAGGACGCGCCUUCUCUCUUCAGCACCCGCGUGUUUUUCGCAUCAUUUUUCUACCGAACGACUGCACCACUAUGUUGGAGCCUGGAACAUGCUAACUCACUUAUGAGAUGUUGGCCGAGUACGUGAAGAGGAAAACUAUAUUUCCGCUUGCCCAUGCCUCGUUUGCCUUCUAUUCAUCCAAGUUAGGCCUAAUUUAGAUGGAAAAAAAGUUGUCUCCGCGGUAAAGAGGGUUACCCCCGCCCCACUCCCAGCCGAGUCAGCUUGAGCGAGAAUUUAUAUGGGAGAAAAGUUGACUCCUUUGCCCUUAACCUUUUGCCCUUGAAAAUAGCGCUCGCGCAUGCGCUGAAUAUCUCACCAUGACCGAGUUGCCCCGGGCUGGGCGAGUCAAAGUAUUAGGGACCUUAAGCAACGACGACGACGACGGUUGUGGAAAACAUCACUAAAAAAUGAAUUUGCGUCCUUUCAAACUUUACUGCGUCUAUUUGGAACCGCUCAAUUGCUCAAAUGUAGGCGACUUUUCCUGGAGUUGAAUUCUUAAGGGCUUUAUCCAUGUUCAAAUAGAGAAGGGAAAUAUUGUCCUAGUAUGUCCACGUCCUCUAUAAAACGUCGCGUUGGGAGGUUUCACGUCCUAGUCGUGCAGUGGACGCCAAAGAAAUGUACUAAAAAGCGUGAUGCACGUGCAGAGCUGUUGUUUUGCUCAUAAAACCAAUUGUUUUUUGACGUUGUUGUUGUUGUCGUCGUCGUCGUUGCUUAAGGUCCCUAUUAUCCCGGCUGGGAGGGUGACCCUACCGUCGCCUUCUAGGGGAGCAAACGUUUUGUUUUUCAUGUAAACGGUUCGCCAAGUUUUGUAAGAAAAUGUACAAAAAUCUGGCUCCUCCAGGGUAGCUAAGAUAGGUGAGUGAACCUUCUAGCCGGGAAAAGUUUUCUCCAUACAAACCUUUCCUUUCCUUACAGCAGACGCUUAUCUGAUCGCAUGUUCUUUGAUUUGUUUUGUUUUCAGCCAGUGCUUCCGUCUGUUUACCGAGAGUUCCUACAAAAAUGAGCUCUUGAUAUCCACAGUGCCAGAAAUUCAGCGAACAAACCUGGCCAAUGUGGUUCUCCUUCUCAAGUCACUGGGAGUGCAGAAUCUGCUGGAGUUUCAUUUUAUGGAUCCUCCACCACAGGUAACCCAAUAUCCACAUACAAACUCUCCAGACUGAUCUCCAUACAUUUUCUCAGGCUCAGUUGAGAGAAUUUGAUAAAAGAUCAAAGCAUUUCCCUGUGUUGAUCGUUUUAUUAAAGAAUUAUUUUUAUUCAAAUGCAAGGAAUAAGUUCACAUUUAGUUGGCUCACCAAAAGAGAAGCCAUAUAGAUGUACGUAAACUUUUUAGCGCCGUAUAUGAUCGAUCUCAUUUGUUAGGGUAUUGAAAAAUCAUGAAAAUCAUAAUUGAGCUUAGAGUGCUAUUCUUCGAUCAUAAUUGAUUGGUGAUUGACAAUGCUGUUUGUCGUGUAAUUUUAUUAUGUACCACUCAAGCUUACCGUAAGCAUUGCACUGCCAUGACUUUGCUUCUCGUUGGUGACUUUGCAGGACAAUAUCUUAAACUCUAUGUAUCAGCUGUGGAUUCUUGGGGCCUUAGAUAAUACGGGAAGUCUAACCCCCCUGGGACGUCAGAUGGUAGAAUUCCCUCUGGACCCCGCCCUGUCCAAGAUGUUGAUUGUAGCCGUGGAUAUGGAAUGCAGCGACGAGUCACUGGUACGUAUUAUGAAGCUACGUGCAAACGGACGCAACAACUCCCAAUAAUGUUAAGGGUCAUUGGCCAUCAAUGGUGCGUCCGUUUGCACGGGGCUAAAAGUUUGACCGGUUUCAAACUUUGCGCAACAACAUGCAACAAGGUAACAUCCAACAAUGUUAAGAGUUGUUCGCCAACAAUGCUGCGUCUGUUUGCGCGGGGGCUUAAGGAAGUAGAAAGUUUGGUCCUCCCUAGCAUCAUAAGCCUGAGCAAAAAAAACAUAUUUUUGGCGCAUACGAGAAAACCCAACCGAUGUGACCGGAAAAGAGAGUUUGCGUGCCGAAUUCCCUUGUUUAUUGUUAUUUCUACUGAUCUCUAGAACUUGUACACUUUUAUCCUCAUUCUUAAGUUGCAGCGGGCCUUACAAGCGUGCAAUUUUCGUAUGCUUGUGUCAGUAGUUAGUACUGGGCUUAUAAAUGGAACAUAUCAGGACUUGCGUGUAAACAACCGCCCCCUCCCCUCCCCAGAGGGGAUGGCGGGGCCUCCUUAAACAGGCCAUGAUGGGGUUAUUGAAUGUUGUUUUAUACGAUUCUCUACGUUUUCACUACCUCAUCGUCUCAUGAAAUAUUUUUGAUGUCGUUUUGCAGACUAUAGUAUCCAUGUUGUCAGUUCCAGCCAUAUUUUUCCGCCCAAAAGGAAGAGAAGAGGAAAGUGACGCAGCGAGGGAGAAAUUUGCGGUGCCUGAGAGUGAUCAUUUGACGUUCCUUAAUGUCUAUAUACAAUGGAAAAGCAACAAGUAAGUCGCACACUUUUUGGAUCACCCGUAGACUUGGAUCGUUCGAAAUUCCCGGUAACUUUUCGGUUCCGAAAUCAAAUAUUCAAAUCAAAAUCUGAAGUAUAAGAGCGUGGGUCCUAGACAACAAACCAGUUCAUUUUUGUUUUUUUAACUGAUAGUUUGAUCAUAUUAUCUGUAAAACUAUUGAAACCUCGGUUUGGGCUCAUUAAUUAUCGGGACUUUCCAGAAACGUGCCCCAGCUUACCUGAUCUGUCAAGAUUAAACUAGUUUCAAAAUACCCCUUUCUUAACUUGUGGAAAAAUCAUUUAGUAACCCUCAGACGUCCCUCUCCGAGGUUUUUCUUAGUUUUUUUCCCACACGAUCAAACAUCAGUACCUAACAUUUUCAGUAGCUGUUCGUUUAUCCCUCGCGUGCAUUUUGAGACAUGUUAGGUGAUAAUCAAGCCACGUUUGUGUGAAAAUGCAUGUUUUUUCGACUUCUUUCAACGAUAAAAGUAAAGCUUGUGCAUACAAUGAUGCGGAAUACUUAUUUAUGUGUUGUUUUACAUGUCGAACACAAGAAAUUACCAAUUCUGGCUGUCUUUACCUGCAUUAGAAUAAGUUUAGGACUAGGAUAAAUUUCGUUGGGCUUAAGUAUUGUUUGACGUCCCCGGAUGGUACUCUUGACCACCCUAAACUGAAAUGUUGGAUUGUUUUGUUUAUUGUUUUUAUUUAGUUACUCUGCCCAGUGGUGUAAUGAACACUUUAUACACAUCAAAGCCAUGCGGAAGGUAUGUAACAAUUUAUCAUAUUCCUGCUCAAAAAGUGUGGUUAGUGUACCCUCUAAGGAGAAUUUGCUUUAAGGAGGCUCUGAUCUGUAAAUGUUUCUCCAGCGUUUUCCUUUAAGGUUUCAGGAAAGCACAAGUGAUCUGACUACUUAGUAUUGUUUAAAAUGAUUUGACUACAUUAUCAUGAUGAUGACGGCGAGCGAUAAUAAUAAUAAUAAUGGUGGCGACGUUUCAAUUGUAUUACGUUGGGAAUUAUACCAGCUUAAGCCGCCUCGUGCAAACAGACGCAACACUGCUAGCCAAUAACUUCUAUGCAACAUUGUUGCGUCCUUUUGCACACCCUGCUGCAUGCUGUUGCAUGUCCAGUUUGCACGCAGUAGCGAAAAUUGCAAGUGCUUGGACAUAAGUGGUUUUCUAACUAGACUCAUACAAUUCAAACUGCUUUCUGUUAUCUUUAGGUUCGAGAGGUUCGUGGGCAAUUAAAGGAUAUCAUGGUUCAACAAAAAAUGCCCAUUAAAUCUUGUGGAAAUGACUGGGAUGUCUUAAGAAAAUGCAUCUGCUCCUCUUACUUCCACCAAGCUGCCAGACUGAAGGUUAUUUAUUUAUCUAUUUAUUUAAAUAAGCUACAAAGGGUACUUCUUUGCAAGAAAUUAAAUCGUAGUGCCGCAUAUUCAUGACAUGUUCUUUUUUUCUUGACCUUAAACACGCUGUCUCGUGAACUAGCGCCGAUUCAGCUACAAAAGGACGGUCAAUCGAAGGUUUCAAAUGACACAGCAAAUACGAAAGAAGGCACGUUAACAAGUAAAAGCAAAUAAUUGGCAAAGCAAAUAAUUGGCAAAGCAAAUAAAGUCAAGUACCAGAUUGUCGUAAAAAAGGCGUUUUCAAAAUUUCAAAAAAGUUGUCUUAAGAUUCGUUUACAGUUCCCAUGCAACUAACCUCUUAACUACACGCAGCUCCAAUUAAAGUAAAAUGUAACGCAACUUCUAGACGGUCCUCGUUUUACUUUCUUGUGGUAGGUGUAAAACUCGUGCCCCAAUAACUGUCAUUUAUUUGUGUUGUAGGGUAUCGGAGAGUAUGUAAACAUGAGGACAGGAAUGCCAUGUCAUCUUCACCCAACCAGUGCUUUGUUCGGCAUGGGAUACACUCCAGAUUACAUUGUCUAUCAUGAGUUAGUGAUGACCUCCAAGGUAAGAAACCUGUUGGAAACUUGUGGCCGCCAGUGGUAAAAAAAACAUUGACGUACGGACAAUAGUUGCCAUAUGGCGGCUAGCGUGCGCAGAGAGAAGUAUUUCGAUACACACACCAGUGGUUAGCUCAAAAUCUAUGCUCCUCUGACCUCCGUAUACAGUGGAACUCCGCCUUACGACCACCCCGUUUAUAAGACCACCUCGUUAUUACGGCCAUAUUCUUUCAAACCAAACGUAAAAACCAUGGAGUCAUUUUAUUAUUUUGAGGACCCCGUUAAUGCGACCACCUCGUUAUUACGACCAGGAUUUUAUGGCCCAACGGCGGUCGCAUUAACGGGGUUCCACUGUACCUCCCUCCAAGAAAUUCACCUCGGUAUUUUUUCCUUUCUUAUGGUUUUGUUCCGAUGCCUUGAUAGAGCGAUUUUCGUAUGACCUUGAAAAAUGGUUUCGGUAAGUGUUCGUUAUUUGUUUUAUUAGCCAAUCGAUGAAAAGAUCAAAACAUGGACUCUUCGUUUUCCCGCCAAAGAGAACCCUAAUACGGAUUUAACCAACCAAAAGCGACGCGCGUUUGUAUCCGUUCGACAAACCAAUCAAAUCGCUCUAUUUCCCUUCGUUUGUUGUUUCUGUUUUGUUCGCACGAUUUCAUUUCAAGGUCAUACGAAAAUCGCUCUAUCUUAACAAUGUAGAUAUGAUAUAAAGUGUGAAUAAACAGCUGUAACUGAACACUGUGGAUAGCUGGCUAGGAAAAAAGGUACUGGUGAGUAGCUCAUAUGAUGAGUACUGCGUCAGUCCAUACGGUGGAGCUCCAGGUUGCUCAACAUUCGUGCAUUACUAUGUACAGUGGAACCUCGAAAAAACGAAGAGGCUGGUAAAAUAUGUUCGCUAAGCCUAUAACGAGGUUUCCUUAUAUCGAGGUUCUUUUCCAGAUAUGUUACUAUUACUAUAGCGAAGUAUCGUUCGUUGUGCCAAGGAUUUCGUUAUAAUCGAGGUUCCAGUACAACAGAAAUUAAAGAUUUCGAUUGUUGUUGAUUAGGGGAUGUGCUAAGCGCAAUUUUUUUUACUGAUCAAUAAACAGGAAUACAUGCAGUGUGUUACUGCUGUUGACGGUUACUGGCUUGCAGAACUCGGACCCAUGUUUUAUACUGUCAAAGAAUCCACCAAAACACGGCUGGUGAGUGGUAUUUGAGGUUAAGGACGUUAAGCAUCACGUUUACGUCAAACGGCAAACGUGAAUUUGUGUCACGUAACCUAGGUUCCCUUUGCUUGUGGCCUACUGUUCGUUAUUUCUACACAUAAAUCAGUAGUUUCACGCAAUUUUUUAUCCAUGAGUUUUCUGAGCUGUUAUUAUCUUCUUUUUUCUAUUUUGCGAAAUUCCCAACUUGAAUCUGACGUUUGCCGUUCACCGUAUACGUGAAGCUUAAACUCUUUAUUAUUUUUGUUGAGAAUCCCUUGAAAAUAAGGCUCACAUCAAAAUGCUUCACCUUUGCUAUUUACCUAUCAUCUCGCGGACUAUGUCGUAAUUAAGAAAGUUAAAUCUCGAGAAGAGAUCGUCGCCUUAAUUUUACCACCAGAAUAGUAUCAAGAACAGACAGUUCUUCAACGUAGAGCUUUAAGAUGAUAGAAGACAAGCAAGCCAGUGGUAAGUAAAAUCAGACCCGGCCUUUGCAGCUCUGAGCGGCCACGUUUUAGCAUUUCAAAAGGGAAACCUAGGUAGGAAACGAACUCCCAGUGUGAGUUGAAAACCGUACUUGAUACUCAUUUUCGUUUUUCGAAUCAUGGCUUUAGAUAUUACAGAAUACUGAUAGAUUAUCCUGCUGACCGCAAUAGGAACACUGGUGGCGAGAGGCGUCUUAUCUAGUCUCCUCUCCCCUUACAUUUUUAUAAAGUUACUCAAACAAAUUAACCUUGGUAAGUUUUAAAAGACAUCAACUUUCUUUCCUUUAUUAAUGUCAUUUCUCUUUUCGUUUGUAGGAGAAAAGAAAGCGUGCUAGGGAAGAUUUAUCAGCUAUGGAAGAAGAGAUGGCAGCCGCAAGUGCGCAGAUAAAAGCUAGAGAGGAAGAAAAACUUGCGAAAGUCACUCCUUCAGUAAGGUCAGGAAAUUGCAUUUAGUCUUUUAAUUUCUCUGAGACGAAUUGUUCUUUCCUGUUUAACCCUUCCUAUCUAUAAAUUGUAGUAGAAUUUACCUUAUUGAGUAUUGUAGUAGCAAAUUGUGCAAGUGUUCGAUUAAAACAAUUGUUCUUCUUAGCCUUCAAAGUUACUAGUGUUAAUAGACUUGCUUGCGGAUUCACGAGUCUUUUGAAAUCUACUGUAAAGAGUCACAUUUCAUAGUUUAGAAAUUUAAGCUUUAAACUAAUGUACUGCCUUUCAUUUUUGGCUUUUAAUCACAGGUCUCAAAUUGUUACACCAGGACGUAAAGCCCCUGCAACUCCACGCCGUACCCCCUUCAGAUUUGGUUUAUAACUUCAAUUCAAAUACGUAC